AUGAAUAUUGAUGACGAUAUUAAUCCAUUUGCUGAUCCAUCAAUUCGAGAGGCAACAGCACAAACACUUUCAAAUCAACAAACACUUUAUGAAUAUAAUCCAUUUGAAAAUCGAACUAUAUCGGAUAAAUCAAAAUCAUCAAAACAAGAUAAUAUAGUUACAUCUGUCACAUCAAAUAAUCAACAAGAAUCAUCAACAUCUAUUCAUGAUCAACAAACAACAAAUAUUCAUUCAAAUUAUGAUAAUCGUUUUGAACUUACUCAAUUCGAUCGACAACAAGCAGAACUUGAACAACGUGAAAAACGUCUUAUGGAACGUGAACGAGUAUUAACAAAUUUACAAUUUCAACAUACUGAGAAAAAUUUUCCCCGAUUGCCUCAAUGGUGUCCAAUUCGUCCAUGUUUUUAUCAAGAUAUAUCUAUUGAAAUUCCAAUUGAAUUUCAAUUAUGGGUUCGUUAUCUUUAUUAUCUAUGGUUAUUAUAUUCAUCAACAUUGGCAUUCAAUUUUAUUGGAGCAUUAUCAUAUUUUAUUGUUGAUAAAGAAGGUGGAACAACAUUUGGUUUAUCAAUUGUUUAUUUAAUAUUAUUUAUUCCAUUGUCUUAUCUAUGUUGGUUUCGACCUUUAUAUCGAGCAUUCAGAAGUGAUCGAUCAUCAGAUUUUAUGAUAUUUUUCUUUAUUUUCUUCUUUCAAAUAUUAAUAUCAAUUUUUAUGUUAUUCGGUUGGAAAAAUUCUGGUUUUUGUGGUUUUAUAUUGAUGAUUAGAUUAUUCUCAGCUGGUGGAAGUAAAAUAGCUGUUGGUAUUAUUGUUAUGAUUGUUACAUUAACUUUUUCUAUUAUUGCUCUUGCUAAUGUUUUAUUAUUAUUCAAGAUUCAUCGAUUGUAUCGUCAAUCUGGUGCUACUAUUGAACAAGCACAACAAGAAUUUCAAUCGGCUUUUGUUAAUAAUCCAACUGUACGGGGAGCAGCUCAACAAAUCGGUUCAUCUCGUAUCAAUCAAACAUAA